AUGUACCAAAAUGGCCAGAGGGACCCUCCGCGGCCCUUUGCGGUCCCGCCGCCACCACCGCCCAUGUCACCCCCGCAAGUCGGUUCUGGAGUUGCAGGCAUCAACAGCGUCAUGAACAUUCCUCCUCCACCCCCUCGCUACCCGGGCGCACCAGGAACUGUGGGCGGAUCCUUAUUGCCGCCUCCUCCCGGCCCGCCUCCCGGGAACCCGGGUUUCCCUCCGAGCGCAAUAGCCCCGCCGAGCGCCUUGGGCGCUGCACCCUGGCAUGGCGCCUGGGGACGCCCAUACAACGGACAAACCGCCUUCAAUCUUCCUCCUCCUCCGCCUGGUGGAAAUGGCGGGCUACAGGCCUACAAUCCCUUGUUGCAUGCGCAGGCGGCUGCAGCGGCGGCGGCGGCGGCUGCGUCCGCUUCCAAUACCCCAGGCCCCCCCGCUACCUCGAUCACGAUACCUCCCCCGCCUCCGCCGAGCGAGCAAAUGAGCGCGACCUAUAUUCCAUCGGCCGGCGAUACGUAUGGUGAAGGUGUGGGCAUUCCGGGCUUGGGGCUGCCCGACGAGAUCGGGGGCCCAGGCAACUGGACCGGGGCCGAACAGCAGCGCUUGGGAGGAAUAUCUAUGGAGGAUGCGCAUCGGCUGCACGCUGCUCCCACGGCGGAUAGGGGCUUAUCGACCACCAGCAACACCCCCAACAGCUCGUCGGCUAUUCCGCCCGAGUUGGCAGCGCAGUGGCCGCUUGAUAGGGUCCUGAUGUGGCUUCAGGCAAACAGCUUUUCCCAGGACUGGGUGAAUACGUUCAAGGUCUUGAACCUUCAUGGUGCGCAAUUUCUGGAGCUCGGCAGUGGUCAUGGUGGUCGCGGAAACUUUGGCAUGAUGCAUCAGCAAGUAUAUCCGCAGCUGGCGCAUGAGUGCCAGAUGAGCAAGACAGGCUGGGACCAGACGAAAGAGCGGGAGGAGGGCAAGCGGAUGCGACGAAUGAUCAGGGGAAUCGUGACGGGUCGAUCUGUAGAUCCAUCCAAAGUUGCGGCAAGUGGAGGCGCGCAAGGAGGAGCAGGAGGAGGAGGGGGAGGAGCUGGAGGCCAUGCCCGCAGAGAGUCCGUCAGUGCAAGCGUCCCGCCUAGCGCAGGUCCCGAUUCUGCAGAUUCUCCAAACGUGGAGUUCAGCAAAUCUCAUCUCUUUGUGCAGGAAGAGCAAGUCCAGUCCGGACCCAAGGCCCCGGGCCCGGGCUUCGCAGGCAGGAGAUUCUCCCAAUCGCGCGCAACGACGAUGCCGCUGCUGACAAGUACCAUGUCAUCAGGUGAGCCAAAUCACCGUAGCAUGAUGAGGAAUCUGGAUAUAGACAGCGCCCGUCGUCACAGCCCGAGCACCAGUAACGUGAGCGAAUCGGGCGACCUAAACGCAGGCACCUUCCGUACGGUCGGGAGAGAAAGGCAGGAUAGUCCGAUCGGUGGCAGUCCUAACCCUUCUUCUGCCCUCUUCCCUUCUAACGCUGGCAACACGAUCUUGUCAUCGUCACCACAUCGCAGCGGCAGCAGGUUUGGUCAUCGUUCGCGCAACAGCAGUGAUUCAGUAUCCUCAAACGCAGCACAGUACGGGUCUGGUAUUCCUGCCGAUGCCGCAGCCAUGUUUAAGAACGGAAGCCUCGCGGAUAUGAUUAAGAAUAGCUUUAACUCAAACAACCUCGAUCGUCGAAACGGUCAAGAUGGUGGUCGGCCCUUGGGUGUCGUUGAAACAGGAGACAGGAGUGCCGGGACUGACCCUCCGAACAGUGCCAAGGGCCCAAAGUCGUUCUUGUCCUUCUUGUCGCGAAACAAGAGAAAGGAAGAUGGAACAUCACCCGACGAGCUGGAUUCCCCCACCAGUCCAGCUACCGGCUUCAAGGCUCACUCGCUUGGCAGUCGUGCCGGUCAUGUCAGCGAAACUUCGCUCGAUCAGCGCCCCGGUUCAAGUAUCUCGACUCACGAUCACAGUGUCGGGUUCCAGAGCGGCCAUAGUAGGAAGAAGAGCGUGGUAUCUACUCGGGUUUAUCUCCUCGCCACUCUGGAUCACUGGAAUUAUCGCAUGUUGGAUGUUACUGAUAUCGACUCCGCUCAUGACUUGAGACAGCUAGUGUGCAUCAACCUGGGCCUACCUGACAGUGAAGGCGCGGCAAUCUACGUGACUGAGCUGGGCAAGUUCGACCAUGAGGAGCCCUUGGAUGAUAUGAAACUACUCACGAACAAAAGGCUACGGGCGGACGCAAUCGGUACACUAAAACUGUUUGUAAAACCGGGCGGUUUGACGAGUUCGCCAUACCUAGGUACCGGAACCCAAAGCGGUCAGCCAUCAUCGUAUGUUCCUCGCGGCGCUCCUCCCAUGGACGAGGAAACUUUCAACAGGCUAAACGGACAAAGGCAGCGUUCUAGUUCAUCGCCGCCGACGUCAAGGCAGAAUACGAUAUCCAGCAAGGACCGGGACGAGAAGAUGCCAGUGCCGGAGCCAGUCGAGCACAAGGCAGAGCCCCCGAGAAAGCACGCAAUCAAGGAGACAAGCCCGAUCGGAGAGACGACACCGUUCGGUAUUGUCGGCAGGAAAGUGGACUUUGACCAGCCCCGACUCUCACCCUUCGAGGACAAGAGGCCCGAUCACCUGUUUCCGGUACGAAAGGCACCUGCACCACCAGGGGACCCAUCGGCUACUUUGAAAAAGGUCAAUUCACUGAGUAAGAAAACUGGACAGGGAUUCCGACCUAGCACGGCGCAUGCCACCCAGCACCAUCAUCACAACGCCAUAGAUCAUGGAUACCACCAGAGACGAGUAUCGACGGAUAUACGCGAGAACACGACGUCCGAGAGGCAGACGAGGAGGCCAGCCGCCAUAAGAGGAACCGCCGAAGUGCCAUCACCAUCAGGAGGAAUCGGCAGUUUGCUAAUCAAUAUAGGCGGUCACCUGGGUGGCAUCGGUCAUCCUGUCGCUGGUGGUGCUCGCGCAUUAUCACCAAACCGUGUCGCCUCAGCGCCCGUCGGGCAUGGUGGUGAGAUGAGCGAACAGCAAAGAGCACGCGCGCCGUCACCUUCAGCUGUUAGUCCGAAUGCUCGUAGGAGACCAAGCGAGUCUCAUAUCAGCCAGCAACAAUAUCAGCAGAAUCACCGGCCACCAUCAUCGCAGCAGCAGCAUCCACAUCUCCAGCAUCAGGCACAGCCACAGCAGCAGCCGCAGCAGCAACAACAACAGCAACAGCAACAAUACCAGUCGAGACAACAGCAGCCACAGCAACCACAGCAGCAACAACAAGCACAGCAACCACAGCAACAACAGCAGCAACAACAAGCUCCGGCUCAACACGAGGAGUCCAAGCGCAAGUCCCAUGGUCCAGAUGUGGAUUUCAGCGAUAAUGAUGUGCGCUUCACCCCACCUCCUGAGAGUGAAUCCCUCAACGCCAGUUCAAACCAUCAAAACUACGCAGACGAUCAAGAUGAUUCGGACGACUCAGAUGAUGGCCUCUUCGCGGUUCCGAUCUCGAAAAACAAGACAGCGGAGACGUCGAAGACCAAAAACGAUUCGGGCGGGAGCGACGAAGGACUCGGCAAGCGCCCAAGCUUGAAGGUGGCAACCGAUCGCUCGAAGAAGAACUUAUCCGUGGCAUUCACUACUCCUCAGGCCAGCCCCAGAAUGGCAACGUUCACGGACGAAUCUGAGCAUGCUAGUGUGCCAGCUUCCUCGGGUCAUGGUCACCGGCAGUCAGCGCCUGUUCCAUCGGGGUCAUCGAAGGAAUGGGAACAGGAUGAGACGGAGUGCAAGAUUGGCAGGCGCAAGUCCUUUAUUGAGAAGGAUGUUUGGGCCAACCGUCCCCCGACCGACGCCCUUAUCAACAACCUUGAGGACUUCUUCCCCAACUUGGAUGUCGACCAGCCUGUGCUUGAGGAAGGCGGUGACACGGAGGUUGAGGUUGAUGCCCCGUCACCGAUUGCCGAGGUGGACGAGAGCCAAUUCCAAACACGGCCGCAGCCGAUGGCGGAAACCAUGGCUCAGAGCAACACGGCGGUUGCCGGCAGUAGCAACAACGCUCCUAUGCUCCCGCCGCUAAACAGGGUUUCUUCAGCUUUCAACGAGAGCGAUACCCUGGGGUCUGAUGAGUCUACGCUCAAGGCGCUGGAGUCACGUCCACCAUCGAUGGUAUCGGGCAGUGUGCGCCGCUCUAGAGGCCUUGGCCGCAUGAAGUCUAUUCGUGAGGUGGCCCGUGGUGCGCACGAAGCCCACAAGCGCUAUACGCAAACGUCGAUGCAGACGAACGUGGCCACACCGGCAGUUCCCAACGCGACGACCAACCUCAUGCGGCGAAAGAGCACAAAGAUGUUUAACGCUAACAUUGUGCAGAUCGAACCUAGGCGGGGGUCCAUUCUGUCUACCAUUCCCCAGGAGACCCUUCCCACGCAAGACAACAUCAACACACUACCGAAGAGACAAACAACGUUCCGCUGGUUCAAGGGUCAGCUGAUUGGCAAGGGCACCUUUGGCCGCGUCUACCUCGGUAUGAACGCGACAACGGGUGAAUUCUUGGCCGUCAAGGAAGUCGAAGUGAACCCCAAAGCCGCCCAAGGCGACAAGAAGAAGAUGCAAGAGCUGGUGGCCGCGCUCGACCAGGAGAUCGACACGAUGCAGCACUUGGACCAUGUCAACAUUGUGCAGUACCUCGGCUGCGAGCGCAAGGAGACCUCCAUCUCCAUCUUCCUCGAGUAUAUUUCGGGUGGCUCCAUCGGCUCGUGCCUGCGCAAGCACGGAAAGUUUGAGGAGCCCGUGGUUGCGUCUUUAACGCGCCAGACGCUUUCCGGUCUGGCGUAUCUGCACCGCGAAGGGAUCUUGCAUCGGGACCUCAAGGCGGACAAUAUCUUACUGGAUCUGGAUGGCACGUGCAAAAUUUCCGAUUUUGGCAUCUCCAAGAAGACGGACAACAUCUACGGUAAUGACAAGACCAACUCGAUGCAGGGGUCCGUGUUCUGGAUGGCGCCCGAGGUGAUCCGGUCGCAGGGCGAAGGAUACUCGGCCAAGGUGGAUAUUUGGUCGUUGGGCUGUGUGGUGCUGGAGAUGUUUGCGGGCAGAAGGCCAUGGAGCAAGGAUGAGGCGGUUGGGGCGAUCUACAAGAUUGCGAAUGGCGAGGCGCCGCCGAUUCCGGAUGAUAUCCGGGAGGAGAUCACGCCGAUUGCGAUUGCUUUUAUGUUGGAUUGCUUUACUGUCGACCCGACUGAUCGCCCUACCGCCGACGUCCUUCUCUCCCAACACCCCUUUUGCGAGCUGGAUCCUAACUACAGCUUUAUGGAUACGGAGCUGUAUGCUAAGAUUAGGGGUACUUAUUAAUUGAACUGGGGAACGACGUCAUUAUACACAUUUAUAUAUCUUUCUAUGCUAGCGGGCAGCGGGCUUUAGUCUACAGGAGGAUACAUACCGCCGACAACCCCUGUGGUGUGCACAAACAAAAACCAAACACACUUGAAGAUAUCUACUUGUGCUUUCACCACGUUACUACGGACAAGAGGAGGCGAGAAGAGAACUACUGGGUGGAGUUGAGCUAGCCUAUCACCCUACCCUACUUAUGAAGAGGAAAACUUGCGCAGGAAGACUUGGGGGAAAUCGGAGCAGUACACUACAAGUAAAUAAUGAAGUGGAUCUCCAACAAAAGGCCGGAGAAGAGAAAGAAAAAAAUUAAAAUAAUAGGGGUAAUGGGACGGAUACGAUCGGUCGGUCGGGGUGUGGUGUCAGUCAGGGUUUACCAUAGGUAUUUAAAGGGGGGAGUGGGGAUGGGGGCUGUCCCCAAGGUUCGGAUCGUUCGAUGUCGGAAGGCAAACGAGUCAAUCUUUUCCAGCGCGCAUCUCUCUGUGGUCGGAACUGUGUGUUUGCGAGUGUGUGUACGUGUGUCUGUGUGAGACGGGCGUAGAGAGAGAGGGAGUGUGAGCUGGUUCUCACUUUAGAGAUUAUAGUACGGUAUCUCUAUGGUGAAGCAAUCGAAGAGAUUUGGCGUAGGUAGAAACAUGACCUGUCUGUCUGGAGGUACAAUUCACAGCACUAUCUUUGCUAUA